UAGAGUCACGAGUUCGAAUCCAGGGUGUGCUGAGUGACUCCAGCCAGGUUUCCUAAGCAACCAAAUUGACCUGGUUGCUAGGGAGGGUAGAGUCACAUGACCACUCCUCGUGGUCGUGAUGAGUGGUUCUCGCUCUCAGUGCGGCAUGUGGUAAGUUGUACGUGGAUCGCAGAGAAUAGCAUGAGUCUCCACAUGCUGUGAGUCUCCGCAGUGUCAUGCACAGCGAGCCACGUGAUAAGAUGCGCGGAUUGACUGUCUCAGAAGCGGAGGCAACUGAGACUUGUCCUCCGCCACCCGGAUUGAGGUGAGUAACUGCGCCACCACAAGGACCUAGUAAGUAGUGGGAAUUGGCCAUUCCAAAAUUGGGGAGACCGUCCGACGGAUGCUUUUCAAAGCAUCUCUCUUUGGAUGCAUCGUGUCAUAAACAGCGUUUUUAGGAUGCUGUGUCAAGUUAAACAUAGUUUGAAAUUUAGAAAAACACAUCUUAAGGCUCCUGCAUUCUUGAGCAUUUUGUUGUCUUUACAGCUGCGUGUUGCUUGUAGAGCUGGAGUUGCGCUUACUUCGCCCUGCUGACCAAGACUCGUAAAAACAUGAAAGUGGUUCCUCAAGCAUAAUUCCUUAUUAUGGUCUUAAAUAUGAUUCUUUGUUCAUUUUUGAACGCAUUACUUUUUAUGUAAUUGAUCGCACUAAAUGAAUGCCUUAAAUUGACCUAAUUAAUAUUAUUUGACACAUUGACUCUUACCUUUUAAAAGUUGAUAAGCCUAUUUAUUUUGCUAUCCUAUCUAUGCACGAUUACAUGGUUAGUUACAUUUUAUUAUGUGCAUUUUGGAUUGUUUUCUCCUCUGCUGUCCCUUUAAAACAGACCUUUGACCCACCAGUUGAGAACCAUUGGUCUAAAUCUCAAGUCGUGUUUCUCAGGUCUUCUAUAAUCCAACAGUGAGUAGAGGCUUUUUAUCUCACUUACAGCAUCUUAUAGAGGAACACCUGGACACCCCCUCUCCCCUUCCCACAAUGGCCGACUCCAUGGAUAUAGAUGACUCUUUGUACAGUCGGCAGCGGUAUGUGCUGGGAGACAGUGCCAUGCAGCAGAUGGCCCAGUCUGCUGUGUUUCUCAGUGGAAUGGGAGCUGUUGGAGUGGAGAUAGCAAAAAACAUUGUCCUGGCAGGAGUGAAGGGAGUCACCCUCCAUGACUGUAAGCGAUGUGAAGUUUGGGAUCUGGGCACCAACUUCUUCAUCAGAGAGGAGGAUGUACGUAGCCAAAAGAAAAGGGUGGAGGCUGUCCAUUCUCGAGUGGCUGAGUUAAAUCCCUAUGUUCAGGUCAGUGUGUCCAGUGAUGUCCUGGAUGAAAGCACUGACCUCAGCUUCCUGAAGAGAUACCAGUGUGUAGUAUUGACAGAAACAAAACUGAGCUUACAGAAACAGAUCAACAAUUUCUGCCACUCUCAGCAGCCUCCUAUCAAGUUCAUUGGCUGUGAUGUUUUUGGGAUCUGCUCGCGAGUGUUCUGUGAUUUUGGGGAUGUGUUUGAGGUGUCUGACCCUACAGGAGAGGAACCAAAAGAACUUUUCAUCCAGAACAUCAGCCAGGAGUGCCCUGGGGUGGUGACAUGUAUGGACAGCCGAACACACGGCCUUCAGACAGGGCAGAGUGUGUGUUUCAAAGAGAUCAAUGGCAUGAGUGAACUCAAUGGAACCACACAUGAAAUUACAGUUCUUUCCCCAUACAGUUUUGCGAUUGGAGAUACCUCAUCUUUCCAGCCGUAUGCUCAUGGAGGAAUCUUUCGCCUGGUCAAGAUCCCCAAAACCAUCAGCUUUGAGACGAUGGAGCAGCAGAUAUCUGACCCUCGACUCCUCACCCCAGACUUCAGCAAACCAGAGGUCCCUCUACAGCUCCACACAAUCAUGUUGGCUAUGGAUGCUUUCUUGGAUCAGCACGGCAGACUUCCCAACAUUGGUUGUUUGCAGGAUGCUGAUCUGCUCCUGAAGUUCACAGAGGAGAUCAGCAAAACACUUAAAAACAAAGUGUGUAUAAACCAGGAUCUGGUGAGGUGUGUGUCACGCUGUGCGAGGGGCUGUCUCUCUCCUCUCGCGGCCGCGGUGGGUGGGAUCGCUAGUCAGGAGGUGCUAAAGGCUCUCACUGGAAAAUUUGCACCGCUUCAGCAAUGGUUUUAUCUAGAUGCAGUGGAGGUUAUUCAGCCCCUCCAGUCUCUCUCUGGUGAGGAAUUUGCCCCUAGGGGUGAUCGGUAUGAUGCCCUGAGGGCAUGUAUCGGCCAAUCACUGUGUUUGAAACUGCACAAGUUUCGCGUAUUCAUGGUGGGCUGUGGUGCUAUUGGCUGUGAGAUGCUGAAGAAUUUGGCACUGCUGGGUGUGGGAUUGAGCAGAUUUUCAGGAGAGAUUUGCAUCACCGAUCCAGAUUUAAUUGAGAAAUCUAACCUUAAUCGGCAGUUUCUCUUCAGACCUCAACACAUACGGAAGCCAAAAAGCACUACAGCAGCAGAAGCUACAUUAGAAAUAAACCCAGAGCUGCAAAUAGAAGCUCAUCUGCAUAAAGUGUGUCCUGCUACAGAGGACAUCUAUAGCGAUGCUUUCUUCUCCAUUCUCAACCUGGUGGUCACCGCACUGGACAAUGUGGAGGCACGGAGAUACGUGGAUAGUCGAUGUGUAUCCAGUCAGAAAGCUCUGUUAGACUCAGGUACCAUGGGUACGAAAGGACACACGGAGAUCAUCGUCCCAAACCUCACAGAGUCCUACAACAGCCAUAGAGACCCACCAGAGGAGGAGAUCCCAUUCUGCACUCUGAAGUCUUUUCCUGCUGUUAUUGAACACACCAUACAGUGGGCCAGAGACAAGUUUGAAAGUGCUUUCUCCCACAAGCCCUCCGUGUACAACAUGUUCUGGCAGAGACAUUCGUCACCUCAGGAUGUGCUACAGAGGAUGAUGGCUGGAGAGAGUAUGGAAGGAUCAUUUCAGGUCAUUAAGUUGUUGAGUCGGAGACCCACUCAAUGGGAUCACUGUCUAUCCCUUGCGCGCCUCAAAUUUGACAAGUACUUCAAAAGAAAGGCAUUACAACUACUGCACUCAUUUCCAUUGGACACACGACUAAAAGAUGGCAGUCUGUUUUGGCAGUCUCCUAAACGGCCGCCUUCUCCUAUAGAGUUUGACCUCAACGACCCACUGCAUUUCAGUUUUGUUGUCAGCGCAGCUCGCCUUUUUGCUGGAAUUUAUAAUGUUCCAUACUCAGAAAAGAGUUUUUCCUACGAGGCUGUAUCAAGCGUUUUAGCUGCAGUGGAGGUUCCCGAAUACAAACCAGCAGAAAAGCAUAUAGAGACAGAUGAAAAUGUUAAGAAGCCUGAUCAGAUUAAAGUGACAGUGAGCAGUGAUGAGGAGAGAGAGGCGAUCUCACAGCUACAGGAGGCCAUCAACUCCAACUUUAUAACACCAGAGAGGCUACGGAUGAAUCCAUUGUACUUUGAAAAGGAUGAUGACUCAAACGGACACAUGGAUUUUGUAGCAGCAGCAUCUGCCCUUCGAGCUCAUAUGUAUGCCAUUGAGGCUGCUGACAGACUACAAACUAAACGGAUUGCUGGCAAAAUCAUCCCUGCUAUCGCCACGUCUACAGCUGCUGUUGCAGGACUGGUGGCAGUGGAGUUGAUAAAAAUUGCUGGUGGUUAUGGAUUUGAGUCGUUUAAAAACUGUUUCUUCAACUUGGCCAUUCCGGUCAUGGUGCUCACAGAAACAGCUCAGGUCAAGAGAACCCAGAUCAGAGAUGAUAUCUCCUUCUCUAUCUGGGACCGCUGGACAAUCUUUGGUCAUGAGGACUUCACCUUGUCUGAUUUCAUUAGUGCGGUUAGGGAAAAGUAUGGAAUUGAGCCCACUAUGGUUGUUCACGGGGUGAAGAUGCUCUAUGUGCCGGUUAUGCCAGGCCAUAACAAAAGACUCAAACUGACAAUGCAUAAACUGAUCAAACCCUCAGCUGGCAGAAAGUAUGUUGACCUCACCGUAUCAUUUGCCCCUGAGGCAGAUGGUGAUGAGGAUCUGCCCGGCCCCCCAGUGCGCUAUUACUUCAGUCGAGAAAGCCAGAGCGAUGGGACUGCCUGACACACAUCCACACACAAACACACACUCUCCCCUCCCUUGGCCUGUGGACCACAAGUGGAGUAGCACUUGAUCUAAAUCAAUAUACAUUUGAUUUUUUUUUUUUUUUUCAAUUUGUUUAUUAUUUUAUUGCACAGCAUUGUCUGUGCUGAUGCCUUAAAAUAUGCUUCAAUGUGACUAUAAUAAUGAUUAUAAUGUUAUUGCUCAGAAGAGGUAAAAGAAAAGAAAGUGUUUACAUGAUUUCCCCAGGGCUUCUUGUUACUCUUUGUUUGUCUCUUAGACUGGGAGAGGACUCAGUUCAGUGUAAGUCACUGGAGGGCUUGUAAGAGAUAAAGAUUCAUCUUGCUCUAAUGUAGGGAUGCACUGAUUGUUUAUUCAUUGAAAUAUCCCUAGCAUUUUAAUGGCCAACAGAGUAUCAGACCAGAUACUAGCACCUAUAAUGGCAUCGGUGCAUCCCUAAUCUCAACAGUAAUUUAUUUGCACAUGACUAAAUGUUUUGGGAGGAUAUUGGGAUUUAAUAAGUUGUCUGUCAAUAUAAGCGAUGUAAACGCCAAAGAUUUUGCUUGGUUUAAGUUCAUCAGCAGCUGUAUUCAGAAGUUCUUCGCAACUUCACAAGUCUCAUUUGAGUAUGCUGCGAGAAUUGAGUCUCUUAAACUGAUCUGUCCUGUGUUAGACAGUUUUGGCUUAAUUAUGCUGCAGCAACUACAAAGUCUAUACUAAAACCAAGUUAGUUUGUGUUGACAUAGUUACAGGGAUGUAUUACCAAUGGGGCCAGUGCCCAGGGGCCCUUGACUACCAGGGGCCCUCGACUGCCUGGGUGGGCCCUGGCCUUUAAUGUUUGGCAAUCCUGACACCCCCCCCGCCCCAGGUCAAAAACUUUUGGGCCAGUUGAUAUGUAAAAAAAAAAAAAAGAAAGUGUGGGAGGGGGGCCCUUGGAGAUAAUUGGCCCCGGGGCCUUUGCAAGUCAUAAUCCGUCCCUGCAUAGUUACUGCGUUUUGCAUUUGUAAGACAGUAUGGAUGUCAGGAUUUUCCUUCAUUAUGGUAGAUUUAAAGGAAAUUGAUUCUGUUGUCACAGAUACUAUGACAAUUCCACAGUUUUGUAAAAAUCCAGUAUAGGAAGGGUAAUAAGAGUGGUAAAAAUGCAUUCUCAACAGUGCCACUAGGUGGAGCUGUAGUGAAUACAUUAUCUUAGCAACCAUCUACAGCCGCUAUCAGCUGCUUAAAGGGAUAGUUUACCCAAAAAUUCUCUCAUCGUUUAAUCACCCUCAUGCCAUCCCAGAUGUGUAUGACGUUCUUUCUUCUGCUGAACACAAAUGAAGAUUUUCAGAAGAAUAUUUCAGCUCUGUAGGUCCAUACAAUGCGAGUGAAUGGUGACCAGAACUCUGAAUCUCCAAUAAUCACAUAAAGGCAGCAUAAAAGUAAUCCAUACAACUCCAGUGGUUAAAUCCAUAUCUUUUGAAGCAAUAUGAUAAGUGUGGGUGAGAAACAGAUCAAUGUUUAAGUCUUUUUUUUUUUACUAUAAAUCUCCACCUUUUACCAACCCCUACCAGUAGGUGGCAAUAUUCACGUAGAAUAUGAAUCUUCAAAGAAAAAAGAACGUGGAAGUGAAAAUGAAUUUGGAUAUUUAUAUUGAAAAAAAAGGGCUUAAAUAUUGAUGUGAUACUCACACACACCUAUCAUAUAGCUUCUGAAGGCCGAUUUAAACACGAGUAUUUUUUUAUGGGUUACUUAUAGGCUGCCUUUGUGAUUUUUUUGAGAUUGAACAUUCUGGCCACCAUUCACUUGCAUUGUAUGAACCUACAGAGCUGAGAUAUUCUUCUAAAAAUCUUAAUUUGUGUUCAGCAGAAGAAGGAAAGUCAUACACAUCUGGAAUGGCAUGAGGGUGAGCAAAUGAUGAGAGAAUUCUUAUUUUUGGGUGAACUACUCCUUUAAUGUGCUUUCAUUCCUGUGACAUGAACAUUUUGGCAACAAAUCUUGGUUGUGACUCAGCAUAAUCACAAUGAUAUAGACAUUAUCCCUCACAUUAAGUUUCAUUCAUAUUACCUGAAGUCCAGCCUGCAUGUCAGCAGCAAAAACAACCUUUUCACAAGUUCCUCAAUUUAUCUGCAGCCUUUUUGAUGUCAUUCAGUCAUCCUAAAGUGUCCUUGAAUAUGUAUAUCUGAGUUAGCCAAACAGUUAAUACAUGAGUGGCUGGCAGUAGUGAUCAGAAAUCACACAUGCAUAGUCAUACACCUUAACCUAUCCCCAAACUUUGAGAUUACAGUGAAUAUCUUGUAAAAAGUCUUAAAACAUUUUCUAUUUUGAUCCUUUUAAAAUGGCUUACCUUCAGAUGCACAGAAUUCUCUCAUGAUGUCUAGCACUGAUUUUAUCUAAAUCAUGAUGGGGAUAUCUAAAGGAGUUAAACCAGUGAUUUCGAAGAUGAUGUAAUAUGUUGUCAUUGUGACCACAGUAUUCAAUAAAGUCCAAUAAAAUCAAAGUUUAA